AUGGCGAUUCUGAAGACCCUUGGCACAGCGAGGUUCAUGAUUGGGUGGCACAUUGCCAUUGCUAUACUGUCCUGGCAGCAGCUGGUGUGGGGAAAACACAUGGGAGAACGCAUACACGGCAUCUCAAAAGCCCUCGCACUAGUCGCUUUCUCCAUGUUCACUUUUGAUACACUUCGGUCUUUCUGGAUAUCUAUGCAGGACACUAGCGGCGAUGUCCCUUUUCUGUAUAAUCGCGACAUCGUGAUUGACGGCAUAGCGCUGUCGAUCCUCAUGGUUUCGGCUUCCCUAUGGAUCUGCGAUACAAACCUCACUGGACCAGUCGGUAUCUCAACAGCCAUUGCGGGUAUCUGGCAGGCAACCGUAAAUACGACUCGCUACGGUGAUUGGGAUUACCUUUUCCGGGCUCCCGUGCUACUCCCGCUGUUUGUUGUAACGACCACCACGAUAGUAUUUACAUACGUGCAGCGUCUGAGGACUGUUGUGCACCUCCCGCGCGGAUUGUUCAAUUGGCUUGUCUUCCUGAUUGCUUCCGUAGCCACUUUGCACGCUUUGUUGGCCGGCGUGCCUGUGUAUGAGAACCGUCAUCCCAUCAACCAGCUACUAUACGACAGCGAGAUCGACUACAGACACUGGCUAGUCAAGGCCUCUACUAGUAGCACCUCCAGUACUGCCAUCAGAAUCUACGAGGACCGUCAUGGGGGCCGCAAGGCGCCUCCGCAGUACAAGGAGUGGUAUGCGCAACUCCGCCGCACCAAGAUCAGAGACAAUUUUCCACAAAUCGACGAAGACCUCGAGCCAUUCUGGCACCUAACUCCAAAGCAGCUACGCGAGGCUGUACAGGAGGCCACCCAGCUCCCUGACGUCGCAACAAUCGUCAUCAAGAAUGGCGAGGCCUCAAUUGGGCGCCAUGACGAGGGCGGCGCCGGUAGGCAACUCCUCACGCGACUCGUACACAUGGCCAAUAACUUUUCAUCAAACCUCCCCGACAUGACUCUUCCCAUCAACGUGGCUCGGACGCCUCGUAGCCUGCCAAAGUGGGAGUCAAGGUGGUCCUAUAACCGCGCGUCAGAAAAUGCCGCCACUGCUGAUGUCAUCGCGGGGAGAUCUGUCCGCCCAGCCGAGAUAUCAGCUGCGCACGAGACACAUGGCGAGCAGCAGGGGGUUAUCGAAGAUAGGGGAAAUAUAGGAUCGGAAAAUAAGAAUGCCAUGAAGGCGGGCGAAUUUCGCGCCCUGCUCCGACAAGCCUGUCCGCCGAAUUCCGCCUCCCGCGCGAAUCCCUACUGGAACACGGCCGGAUUUUGCAGACGCUGCGUCGGGGGUCAUUCGAGCAUGCAGCUCAUGUCAGAUUGGUACAAGUCGCUAGAUUCGGUCUGCUCGCAGCCCGACCUCAAAAACCUACACGGAUUCUACAUGUCAGCUCCUGACGCGAGACCAGUGCAAAAGCUGUUACCCCUCUUCAGCCUCUACAAGACGGCGCACUUUGCAGACGUGUUGCUGCCGCUAUGGCCCGAAGAGGCAGCUCCAGCUGAGGCGGGGGAAGAUGAGAAUGCCCCGGAUAGGCCGUUUCUGGACCGAUCUGACAAUGUAUCCUGGUCGGGCUCCAUCGGCCAGAAUAUCAUUACGCCAGAGUACUUGCGCGGCCACCACAAACUGCGCUUGCUGGGCCAGCUGACCAGGCCGCGCCCAACAGACAAGACGACGCUGAUCAAGCCUAUCAUGGUUGACAAGGUGCGACAGUGGCUGUACGCCAAGCGUUGGACCGCGGCGGUGAAUAGUAAACUGCCGCUUGACGUCGGCAUCUCAGACUAUACGGCAUGCACAGGCCACAACUGUGACACGUUGAAGCAGCUUUUUGGCGAGGACUUUCACCGCCAGGUUGCAGGCGACGACGGCAGCAAAAUCGUGCUGCUCUUGGACAAUGACGAUGGCCCUGCGCCGGACACGCUGCGCGCGCUGCGCACCGAGAGGAUGCCCAUUAUUUCUACCAUCUUCAAGACGUGGUAUACCUCACGUCUCAGACCCUGGGUGCACUUUGCACCGCUCGAUGUGCGGUAUCAGGCGCUCCACACGACGCUCUCGUACUUUACCGUGCUCGAGGACCGCAGGGGCAGCGGCGUCAUGGACUCCAGGGGCAUAGCCCAGCAGGGCAAGUCUUGGGUGAAAGAGGCUCUCCGGGAGCGCGACCAGGAACUUUACCUCUCUCGCCUGCUCAUGGAAUGGGCGAGAUUGAUCGACGAUAGACGCGAUGAGCUUGGUGUAAGCACUGCGGCCGCUCCGGUAAAGCAUGGUUAG